AUGGCUUUCAGUCCUGUGGCCAUGAACUUGAGUAACCAGUCAGACCCGUUCUCCUGCGCCUCCCCCUCGGUCCUCGGUUACCGAUACUUCGCCGUGGUAUGGGGCUGCUGCGUCACCAUCACUGGGACGUUGGGAAACCUCCUCACUGUGUUGGCGUUCUGCCUGGACGCUCGGCUGCGCACGCGCUUCAACGUCCUGAUUGUGAACCUGGCGCUGGCCGACCUCCUGUACUGCACCGUCCUGCAGCCCAUCUCUGUGGACUCGUACCUGUACCUGCGCUGGCGCAGCGGUGCCACCUGGUGCCGAGUGUUUGGCUUCCUCCUCUUCGUCUCCAACUCUGUCUCCAUCAUUACGCUUUGCCUCCUCGCCGCCGGCCGCUACCUCCUUGUGGCCAAACGGCAGCUUUUCGACAGAGUCUUCUCCAAACAGGGGACCGUCCUGUUGGUGAUGUUAGCAUGGGCGCUAGGCGUGGUUAGCUUUGCGCCGCUCUGGCCGGUCUAUGUGUUUGUGCCCAGCGUUUGUACCUGCAGCUUCCACCGCACCGAAGGCCGGCCGUACUCCACCAUCCUCCUCUUCUUCUACUUCUUUGUGGGUCUGGGCAGUGUGGGCGUGUUCUACCUGCUGAUCUACAAACGCGUGAAGGUCGCUUCGCGAGCGUUGCUCAAAUACAGAUUCAGUCGCAGAUCAUCCAAGAAGAAGGCGUUUUCUCCUUCGCCGCAGACGCACAGUGGAAUGGCGAGCACCGUAACCACUGUUUCUGAAGCUAACCCCACGACCACAGUGUCUAACACCGCCGCUGUGUUUGAAGCUAACACCGCCGCUGUGUCUGAAGCUAACACCGCCGCUGUGUCUGAAGUUAACACCGCCGCUGUGUCUAAAGCUAACACCCGUGAGAACCACAGCACAGUGUCCUCUGAAGAGAACCACCCUCAAACACCAGUUGUUUUGCCAGACGCCUGCGUCCAAACCAUCGACACUCAACCCAAGGCCUCCACAACACCAACGGAGGCCUCUGCACCAGCAGAGGAUGGAGAGUUCAAGAGAGUCACUCGCAUGUGCUUCGUUGUUUUCAUCUGUUUCUUCUUGUGCUUCUUCCCGUUCAUCAUCCUGAACAUCGUGGACAAAGAAAACAGAGCGCCGCAGGUCCUGCACAUGCUCAGUGCGAACCUCACCUGGUUAAACAGCUGCAUUAAUCCCGUGUUGUACGCCAUCAUGAACCGACAGUUCAGACAGACGUACCACCUCCUGCUGCGCCACCUGAGGCCGCCUUUUACCUGCAGCAGGUGA